AAGAAAGAUGGAAAACAUCUACUUACUGUACACAUGAAAAACAGCGAAAAAGUGAAGAACAAGAAGCGCUGGAGUCAGGUGAUGUACAUGGCUUAUGUGCUUUGGAAAAAACAUAUGAUAAGCAAAAAAAUGCUUCCAGAUGCGAGACAUACAUCCUCACCACGGACGCUGACGUUAUGUUUACUCCGGACUCUGUGGAAGCUUUACUCGAUCGGAUGAUACGUGACGACUCAUUAGGUGCAGUCUGUGCUAGGACUCAUCCUGUUGGAAGAGGCCCACUCGGGGGUCUACUCGUCUGGUACCAGACCUUUGAAUACGCUAUUGGGCAUUGGUUUCAGAAGGCUGCGGAGCAUGUGAUUGGGACUGUGUUGUGCUCUCCUGGAUGCUUCAGUAUUUAUCGUUGCGAUGCAAUCCAAGACGUUCUUCCUGCGUAUGCCACCGACGUGAAACAUGCCUAUGACUUCCUCACCAAGGAUAUGGGUGAAGACAGAUGGUUAUGUACACUAAUGGUGCAGAAGGGCUGGAGAAUCGAGUAUUGCGCUGCGGCUGAAAACCGCACUUUUUGUCCAGAUCGCUUUGACGAGUUCUUCAAACAGAGAAGGAGAUGGAUUGCCUCUACUCUCGCGAAUAUGAUGAUUUUCAUCGGCGAUUGGAGAACAGGUGGGUUAAAAUACGCUUGGGACGUGAGGAGUCUUGAUAGCGUCAUCACUCAACGUGCAGUGUGUUUUCGAUGUACCAUUUUGUGUCUGAAUACCUCAUCAAAAAAACAGCUAUGGGUUGCCAAACUAUCGACUGUUCUGUACGCUGUAAUUAUGGCUGUCGUCGUUGUCGGUAUUGCCUUCGACGUGGUCUCGGACUUCGGAACAGACAUAUCACCAAAUAAGGAUGUAAACGCCACAACAACAUUGAACCCUGCAAUUAUCAGUCCAAACAUGAGGUUCUCUACUACCACUAUUUAUCUUGGAUGUAUGGUAGCACUGUUUCUGGUGACCGGACUUCUUCAUCUCCAGGAAUGUGUUUACCUUUUUCACGGUCUCUGGUACUUACUUUUUCUGCCAUCUGCAUAUCUUAUUUUGACGCAAUACAGCAUCUGUAACAUCACAGAUAUAACAUGGGGUACCCGCGAGGGCGAACAACAGCCUCAGAAAUCUGCAAACCCUCCUUGGCAUAAACAAUUUAAACUUCUAUUGACACGUCUAUUCUUUUGCUUCUUUAAAGAACAAGAGAACGAAGAGAGUCCGGAUUCUGCUAGUAACAAUAACACUUAGAGCUCAGAGAGCAGCAAUGGAGGAGCAUAUGUGUCCAAUGAUCAAUAAAUCCAUUGUACAGUAUAGCGGAUAGUAAAGCUUUCAGAUCAAACUGUGCAUACAUGAAAGCUAUUUCGGAGGUACUUUUGCGGAUAUGUAACUAGGUGAAUGUUUAAGAAGACGAACUUAAUGAAGCACUACAAAACCUGAUACAGAAAGAAACAGAAACUGAGUUUUGGGAUGGCCUAAAACUAUUAUGUAUUAACUCUGAGAAUGGCAAAACGAAGACCAAUGAUGAUGGCAAGACGAUAACCACUAACGAUGGCAGGACGAAGCCCACUGACGAUUGCAAGGCGAUGACCGCUAACGAUUGCGGGACAAUAACCAUUGACGUUGGCAAGAGGACGCCCACUGACGAAGGACAGAACACAAUAAUGAAAGAUCAGCUAAAUGAAUUAAGAAACACAUGGUUGAUGAUUUUUGCUGUGACAAACACGAUCUGGCUUGCCUUGAUCUUCACCCUUGCCAACAAAGGUCAGCUGUUCAGUGUAUUAGGAAGCAACCCUGCCGAGAUAAACCAGAUGACGAUGAAAAGCGUCAAACCAUCUCACAACAACAAGAAAAACGCGAUCAAACAAGCCGUGCAGUUUGUUCGCUCUGUCGAAAAAGGCACCAACACGGUGGAAAGAAAACCCAUCGUGCCUAGAGAGAAUGAAAGUCCUUAAGUAAUGUGUUCCACACAAUUGUUCAUACAGUUUGAAUGAGCAUGUUUGAAUUGCAUUUUAAAAGACAACCAGUUUCGCCACGUUUUAUAAUAACAUUUACACUUACUAUGAAUGUUAUUUUUUGAAGGGCAUAUAUAGAUGACGUGCGCAGUCCUGACGCCUGCGACGAUAUACCAAUAAUACUGUUACCUUCUCGUGAAUACUUUAGCUAAUUGAUGCAUUUGUUGCCUAUUUCUACAAUAUAUGCAUUUAGUGCAAUUUCCGCAUGGCGUAGAUAUUUUUAUGUCAGCAAUAUAUGCAACUGAAUUUAUUUUUGUAUUUUAUAUUCGUAAUUUUAUAUUGAAUAAAAAAGAUGAAGUGGU